GUCGACUACAUGAGUAUGCUCAGUAAGAUAGCAAGCUGGCGCUGCUCGCUGAGGAAAGUGUAACUUUUAUGGUAUAAGCCUAUACCAAGUUUGCUUUGUUGUUCAUCAUGUAGCCCCAGUAUAUUGGAAAAUAAGACGAACAUAAUAUACUUGCAAAGAUGGCACAACUGUUUCUAUUUUAUCUACCUCUAUUAUCGGUACUGAUACCUUUUUAUUUUUCAUGGUGUAUGACUGGAACAGACGCUCUUAAACACGGUGGUCUACGAUUGACUUGCACGAGUCCUUGUCAGCAGAGUCAAGGGGAUGUUCCUCGUAUUUCAACUACAGUUUUACCACCUUGCGAUAUAACUCCAAGCUGCAAUGAUCGUACUACCGUACUGAGAGACCAGGCCCCCGGGGGUCCUCUCCUGGUUAACAUGGCUGCUUCGGCAGUCAUAGGACCAGAUGGUAAAGUCUAUCUCGAGAUGACACACCAGUGGAAAGCAUCUCAAGAUCGCAUCGGCCUUCUGACUGGCUUUGUUAUUAGUGUAUUUUGCAGCAGUACUGCUUGUGCAUCGCAAUUUUUCUGUGUCACCAUUUCUUUUAAAAGGACAUUGACCAUCGAGGAUGCUUCCUCUAACUUUUCAGUGAGCUGUCAAAACGGAAAUUUUUCUCAGCCUGGUGAAAACUACAACACCAUCAUCCGGAGCAUCCCAAUGAGUAAAGAUGAUUCCAACAGAGAAAGUAUCAGUACAACACUUCCAAGUUGUCAGCAAGAACCAGCGGUCUCUCUUUGCAAUAUUAACACUCCGGAGGAUUGGAUACCGGUGUAUAGUCCAGAGAUCAAGCAGAUAAGCAAUGGUUCCGUAGUCGUCUCAUUUUGGCCCAGUAGUGUGCAGGAAUACCCGGGGUAUAAUAUCUAUCUUCAAGAAAUAGGUGUAAAAGAACGCAGAGUGGGACACGAAUUUGUCACAUUUUUUGAUUCACAAAGGGAUGGCAAACCUUUUGUGUAUUUUGACAACGUACCUCCAGGAGUUUACAUUGCUAUGAUCUCUAUUGACGACAACGUUUGUUUUGAUUGUACGCUCUUCGAAUCAGACAACAACCUCACUGUAUUUGCUAUGCCCACUCCCGCCCCCUCAUCGCCGCCGACAACGCCCCGGGACCCCGAAGAGGUAAAAAGCACACCCGAGAAAGCCAGAUCCCCUAUCCCUAUGGCAGCCCUGGCCGGUGCUCUGGGAGGAGUCCUUGGGGUGAUUCUCAUCAUCUUUCUGAUAUCACGCAUGCGCAAGAGGAAAUCGGCGCCUACUUCCCAGUUUAGUGGUGACGAGAAAGAGCUUGGCGGAGAAGACAAAUCAACGAUGCUACACCAUCGGAACAAUUUGCCAUACGAUGAUUUCGACUCGAUGACGGAAACAGGCAUCAUAAGCCAGUGGCCUCCGGAUGACGGCCACGGCAGUCAUCUCUUUGGCAUCGUUAACCCAUCAAUGAUCCCUCCCAUCAUCCACAACGAAUGGAAACACACCAACGGAAGGCUCGCACAGGAGAGCGAGUUCUAUGCCAACACCAUCGGUUACCAGCGAGGGGACAGUAUCAGCAAGGUGGCCGUUGAUGUCCAUUCUGCUAUGGAUCACCAAACAGUUUUCAAGAACAGUCUUGAUCCUCAGAUGGAACAGCCGGACUCCGGGGUGGAUUCCAUCUAUUCGGAAGGAAACCUGGAAGAUGGCCAAACUAUGUUUUCGUUGGCUUUGACGAAUCUUGGUGAAGAGGUAUAGGUGUCGUUGUUUAACAAUUAUUGGUGGGUACUACACACCCCUGCUUUAGUCAGACGCAGACUUUGUCAUCAAUGGAAACUUGAAUUUGGCAGGCUGUUGAGCAGUGUUGCCAUGGAUGCCACAAUCGAUGACACAUUUUCAAUUGACUGAUGGUAAACUGUAUAUGCAACGGGGUACAGGAGACUCGAGCACGAGAGUGAGUCAUUCUUUACCAUUGUGAGGGUAGAGGAUCAAUGAGAUUUGAGAUGAUGUACAUUCUUCUGCGGACCACCAAAAUGUUUCCAAAAGUCAGUUUAUGACAGAGCUCUCCAUCCAUCUUAUCUGAAAGAUGGCUCCACGUUGCCUGAGUCCUUUUUGGCCAUAACCGCCCCGGUUCAUAUUGUUAGUUUAAAGUCAAACUGAAUGGAAAUUGAAGGGAGACUUGCGCAGGAUACCAAAGAAAGGAUUGCACCAAUCAGUCGAUAUAUGAACUUGUAUAUUCAUCCGGCCUUGGACGUCCCAACAAUCUCUCAUGGAGCCAUCUCCGUAGGCAACAAAAGACAGAUCAGCAUUUGUUUCAUUGAUAUUCAUUUAUUUUGGGUGACAAGGUAUAAUGUAAAAUGUACUGAAGCGAUGUCUUACAUGAUCACGUUUCAUCUAGAUUUAAUCCAACCUUGACCGUUUUAAAACCUUUUUUAAAAUCCGUCGACUUUAUGGAAGCACCAAAUAGUACAUGAUUUUUGUUGUUAUUAUACCAGUCAAGGGUUAAGUAAUGAGCAAAAAAAAUCCGAAGGGCGUUUUCAUUUGUAAUUAUGAAGAAAAUUAUAGUCAUUACAAUCAAGACUAGUUUUUUAAUAUAUAUUUAUAUUUUUUUUAAGUUAAUAACAUUUAAUUUUAGAAACCGAAACAAAAUUGUACAAGUUCUUUAUGAUUAACCUUAAUCAUUACCCUUGCAGAAAACAAUAUUACUAUACAUGAGCAGACUGCCAUAAUUUGGGUCAAUAUCGUUGGAAGUUUAAAAAAAUAGUGUUUCGAUUUCGUAUCAUCAUUUUCAGAGGCUGGGCAGCGUCACGACAUUUUUAAAGAAGCGCCAAGACAACUUAAAAUGACGUCAUUAUUUCUUUUCAUUUUAAUUUUGUACUUUCCUUCCUUCUUUCAAUCUUCUCAUUUCCCUUCCCUUGUUAAAGGAAAUCAUAGGGUCGGUCACCACUGCCCUACUGUAGCACGGUCCCUGGUGAAGUUUUUUUUUUGAGGGGGGGGGGGGUUCAAGUUCAAUACAGAAAAUUAACAUUAAUUGAUUAAUAGUAUUUGUUUAUUUUUUGAAAUGCUAUGGCUAUGGACCAUAAAUAAAGGAUAGUAUCAGGAUCACAGUGAAAAUUUUUUGUGAAAGGAUUUUCGUCUUUUAUUUUUUUGCCCCCACCCAUAAUUCGGCAAAUUUAAUUACAUAAGCUUUAGUUUUGUAGAUUUUUAAGUGCUUACUAAUAAAUAGAUUACAGGAAAGAAAAUGUACAUUAUUUUUCUUAUUCAACUUGAAAUACUACAGCCUCAAAUGUACAUCAUAUACUUUCAGUCAGAAAACGUCUGAUUGUUUUCAUAACUCUGUAAUGGGAUAAAUCUACAAGGAAAGGCAUGGUCUGCUGUUGGAGUCUCAGUGGUUUAUGUUUAUUACCAUAAUGAGUCGUAAAAUACACUUCUGGUAUAGUGAAGCAAAACAGAAACUAUUAUCUUGCGAAAAUAAAAUGAUAUUUCAUAUUAUUAUAA